AUGGCGUCCUCAUCCGCCACCAAGAAGGUUCACUGGUCUCACCGCUUGAAAGAGCAGAUGCAGUCGGUGAUGGAUGAGAACACCUUUUUGAAGCAAAAGGUGGACGUGCUCAAUGGUGAACUCAAUAAGUUGCAGCUACGGUCGCAAUCGUCUUCUUCCAAUCAAGCACAGAACCCAAGCGCUGGCAACGACCAGAACGACGAGCAGGACGGUGGCAACGACCAGAACGACGAGCAGGACGGUGGCAACGACCAGAACGACGCGCAGGACGAAGACAGCGACCCCAGCAGUGGAGACGAAAGCACUGACGAGGGUUUCAUGACAGUCUUCAUCAUCAGGGACUUUGACAUCAACAAGUCCUACGAGGUUGUGGUAAAGCCGUCAUGGCGAUUGAAGACCUUGAAGUCUGUGAUCGUCCAGAAGUGGAACGUCUGUGUGAAUGACCUCGUCUUUUCCACAGGCGGACGCACCCUCAUCCCUUCUUUGACUUUCAUUGACAACUCCACCAAGGGCAACACCUGCAUCCACAUCGGCAUCACAAUCAAAGGCGGUGGAAAGAGGGCACAGAGUGGGGUGACGAAGAAGAACAAGGACAUGGAGUUGAAGACCCUUAAGGAGCACAUUUCUUCUUCGUUGCUUCGUCUCAACGCGGUGCCCAACCGCAGUGGCUACAUCGACGCAACCAAGAACGACGUCUUGGUGCUUGUGAAGUCGUUGGAGACCAAUCCCAAGGGCGUCAUCACUGGCUUGCUCCCCCGAUUGACCAAAGACACCUUGAGACGCUUGACAUCCGAAGUUGUCUCAUCCUCAACGACCCGUGCCUCUGACAGGUGCAAGAAAGUGGGAGACAUUAUCUUCCAUGGACGGAUGGAGGAGUUGGAUGAGGUCAUGUUCCAGAAGAAUCUCGUGUGUGAGUUGGUCUAUGAUGCGCUUCACUUCUGUUUGUUGUCAGAGUUCGGCGACAUUGGUGGGAACAUCAGCUGGGGUGAGUUCAUUGACAAGAUUACCUCCGUUCUAUCCAGUCCGCCAGAAGAUGACCCGAACAACAUCAACCUUGAGGGCCUUGGACUGUCCUCCUAA